AGUAGUCGCAUAGUCGUUACACAUUUUCCGGUUGUUGUGCUGAAAGAGAAGUGCGGCAUAAACCACUACACAUUAUAUACAGCAAACUGUUCAAAGAUAUCAGUCAAGUAGACGCGACAUUCAGAAAACGUAAUUGAUUUUAUUUUCUGGACAAUACAGUUAAACUGAAAUUUAUCCAUCAUGGCGAUACCCAAAGGCUCAAUAAAGGCGGGUAAGCCCAAGAAAGCUAAAGCUAUUCAAGAAGGACAAAUCAAAAAAAAAAGUAAAGAUGCAAAAUUCAAGCAAACUCCUCAAGGAAAAGUACCACUUGUUCAUAAUAAAAAAAAUGGUAAUGCAAAUGCUAAAAAAAAUGUUAGUCAACAAUCUCCACAACAACAAUCUAAAAAAAAGCAACUCAACUUUGCUAAUAAAUCAAAAAACAACAGUCCAAAAUCACAGUCACCUAAUCAGAAAAAAGCUUUAAAGAAAAAAAAUAAAACAGCUAAAAAAGUAGAAGAGGAAAACGAAGAAGAAUCAGACGAUGAUAUUAAUGAAGGAAUAGCUAUGACUGCGAGUAUGGUUGAAGAUGAUGAUGAUGAUGACGACGACGACGACGACAGUGAAGUCUCAUCUCAAGAUGAUUCAACUCCCAAUAUUUUUGGAGAAAGUUUAGCCGAUGAUACUGAUGAAGAUGAUGAUGACUUUGAUGUUGAAAGUGAAGAUGAAACUCCAGGGGAAAAGAAAGGCGUAAAAAUGUUCAAAGGAAUAAAAUCAGAUAAAAAACAAAAAACAAAAGCAAGUGAUGAUGAUGAUGAUGACGACGACGAUGAUGAUGAUGAUGAUGAUGACGACGACGACGAUGAUGAAGAUGAGGAAGAUGAAGAUUUUGAUAUACGUGCAAAUUCAAGUAAAGUGGAAACUGAUUCAGAUGAAGAUGAUGACGAAGACGACGAUGAUGAUGAUGAUGACGACGAUGAUGAUGAUGAUGGCCCAGGAUUAAAAGUUCUUAUUGGUCAAAGUUUAGAUGACGAUGAUGAUGAUGAGGACUUUGAAGGUGAAGAAGAUGAAGAUGAUGAUGACGACGAGGAUCUUGAUGAUAGUGAUGAAGAAGAAAACAACUCGCUCAAUAGUAGUAUGCAGAGCAAUAACUCAUCGACUCCAUCAUCUCCAUCAAAACAAGAAAGAAUCAUGUUAAGUCCUGCUGAAAAAAAGAAAUUGGAUGAUAGAUCAAUUUUCAUUGGUAAUGUUCCGAAAGAUGUCAAAGAAUCUCGCCUUAAAGCAGAAUUCGUAAAGUUCGGUCCCAUUGAAAGUCUUCGCAUAAGAGGAGUUGUACCUGAAUCACCAAACAUGACAUAUCGAGAAGCAGCUAUUACGAAGAAAUUUCAUCCUAAAUCUAAAACUGUUUGCGUCUUUAUUGUAUAUGAAUCUGAAGACUCAGUUUUGAAAGCUUUAGAAAUGAAUGGUAAACAGUUUGAUGGUAAUUACUUGAGAGUAGAUCGAGUAAAUCGGCACAAAGAUAUCGAUCCAAAAAAAGCAGUAUUUCUAGGCAAUUUACCUUUUGAUACUGAAGAUAACGAUUUAUGGAAUACUUUUAAAAAAUGUGGAGAAAUUGAAUCCGUAAAAACAAAUAGAGAUCGUGCAACUGGUGCAUGUAGAGGUUCUGGUUAUAUAAAUUUCAAACAUGAAGAUGCAGCAACUUUAGCUUUAGAUCUUAAUGGUUUUAAAUUAAACAAGCGUGAGAUACGCGUAACGCGUUAUAAUCAGCCCUCACCGAAGAAAAAUCAGAAUAGUGGUCAAAAACGCCCUUUCAAACAAUAUCAAAAUUCUGGAUCCAAGAAGCCUAAAAUGGACAAUCAAUCUAAUGCUGAGAAUAAUGGCAACGCAAUGAAAUCCAAGAAAAAGGAGAAAAAACCUAAAAGUCCUAGUCAACAAUUGAACAGAAGUGACGAUUCAUUCCAAGGUCAAACAGCAAGUACAAAGAUAAAAGUAAAGAGAGGUAAUAAAUUUGAAAAGAAGAAGAAAGUUAUGGCAGGAAAAUUAUUAUCAAAGCCUAAAAAACCACAGUAGACAUGUAAGAUAGUUGAUUGUAAAUUUUAAAAACGUUAUCUCAUGUUCAAUGUCAUAUUGACGUUAAUCUUGUUUUUAUUACUGUCAUUUUCACAAAAAUAACUUAAAAAAAUAUUAGUGAAUGUAUAUAAGUUCAUUAUUCAUUACUAUUAACUAAUUCUUUACAUUUUUGAAUUAAGAUCAAUGUUCGAACUUCGAUCCAAUGAAUUAUGACUCUUUUGGAUCUUUUGCGAAAUUCUUUAUUUUUAAAUGUAGUUGACGUGGAAAAUUUAUUAUAUUGUCAGUAGCGCAUUUUCGACAGAACCUUUUAGUAUAAAAAAUACUGCAGCUUAAACAAACAGGUUUAUUACAACUUGAACAAUCGCCGCCAAUUACUAGAACUUCACCCUUUUUAGGAAUACUAAAAGGAUCUUUCAUAAUAUAACAAUCUUCUUCGUAAGAAACGUCUUUUCCAAAGGGCGGUUUAGAUCCUUUAUAAUCAUAUUUUUCUGUUAAUGAACAAAAAGAACAUUGAAAAGUGCUUUUUUGUUCACGUUUUGUUUCAAUACUAUCUGUAACAACAGCUCCAUCCAUUUCGUUAUUAGUGAUAUUCGUUGAUGAGCUGGCAACAUCUUCGCUCCUAAAGAUAAGGAAAAAAAUUAUAAACUAAUAAUAAUUUCAAAAUCAACAUGUUAAUGUAUAAUUUAUCUUAUUCACAUUUAUUUUAAUAAUUCAAGUUAAAUACAACUUUUUUAUUCUUAAAA